AAAUGUAUGAUCCGACCAAUAUCCGACAGAGAAGUGUCCUUCAGGUAGCAAUUGCCGAGAGAAUUGGAUUGGUCGCGGCCCAAGCGGUCAAUUUUUUCUUGAUUUUGUUCACUCUUACGUCCAAGUUGGAGGCUUAGAGUCAUCAUGGCCUUUUGCACCCACUUGAAUAAAGAGGAUAUCGGGAGGCAUGUUCAGCUUUGUCUGGAUCUCUUACAUCAGUAUCAGUGGUUCGUGGACUCGUACGUUCUUGACUUUUUUGUCGACGAUCAUUGGAAGAGGAUCCCAAAGACUUGGCAGCAUUGGCUCAAAGUCUCUGACGCCAAGGACUUGGCACAAUGGUUGGACGUGGGUCGACCCCUGAAAACUUCUUAUCCUGUUCCUUUGUCUCUUUUGGCCUUGAGAAAAGCUCAAGAAGUACUCUCCCUUGGAAGGAAUCCGUUGGAAAAUCCCGCUCCAAUCGCAGAGUUCCUUGAUCUUAAACCUUCCGAUCCCACUUCGAAUUCGUGGAAUACAUUUCAAGACGAAUUUUCUGCCAAGAAUCAGACUGGGAAGACCCUUCUCCAUGUCUUUCGAAAACACAUCAAGCCCAAAAAGCAACACGAGAUCUCCAGGAUGGCUCAAGUCAGCGAUAUUGUGUCAAGAAAGUGCCAUGAUGAAAAGAAUGUGAUAGACAUCGGCUCAGGCAUGGGCCAUCUGGCCCGACUCUUAAGUUAUACCCAUAAGUUCAAUGUCUCCUGUGUUGAUAUUGAGACAGAUUUCACGGCAUCUGCCAUUAAGUUUGACCAAGAUCUCAGGAAGAGCCUCGAGAAGCGACAAAACAGCCACGACCAAGACAGUCCAAAGUUUCGAGGCCCCAGUCACGUGACAUUUCGAUUAGACCCAGAGAUGGACAUCACAGAACUAGAAGAGAAACUUGCCUCGAAAUUCAACCAUGAAGACACGUCUUUCACAUAUGGUAUUGUUGGCCUCCACACCUGCGGGGAUUUGGGACCAUUGCUGAUCAAACUGUUCGUGGAAAGUCCCGGAUGCGUUUUCGUUCAAUCUGUGGGAUGUUGUUACAUGAAGUUGAAUCAUUGUUACCCGCUCAGUACGUUUUUAGCAAAUCAACCCUGGCAUCAGUUCUCCUAUGUGAACCAAGAGCUCUCGUGCCAUGCUUUGGAAAUGUACAUUGCCAAACUCCAAGAAGAAGCCCACACGAAGUUGAAGACCCAUUGUUAUCGGGCCAAUCUGGAGCUAAUGAUCAGCAAAAAAUGUCCAAAAGCUCGAAAGUCUGCCUUGAAAACUGUAUCCAGAGCUCACGAAUUAGAAUUUGAAACUUACGUCAAUCGAGCCACUGCUGGAAUGCCGUUUCAAUUUGGCCUUGAAGACUUUCAAGAGGUCCAAGGUAAUCUGAAAAAUUGGUGGGAAGUUGUAACUUUCUACUCGUUGCGGUUGUCCUUUGCGCCAAUCAUUGAAACCGUUCAACUUCUAGACAGGGCUUUGUAUUUACUUGAAAAUGGUCAUGAGUGUGCUCUCCUUCCUAUUUUUGAUCCAUUCCUAUCGCCCAGGAAUCAUGUACUGAUUGCCACGAAAUAGAUCCAACACUUGCAA